CCCCACCCCUGCACCUCAAGGCGACGAGGGGAGCCUCCUCGCAGUCACCUCCUGCCACCACGCCCACCAGCCCCCACCUCAGUCAGAACGCCGGGCCCGCGGGCGGCGCACGCGCAGACCCGUCGCGCCCGCGCCUCAGGCCCCGCCCCCGCGCGCGGCGCUCCGGAUGUUUGGCAUUACCAUGGAGCUCCGCGAGGCCGGCGUCCGCGGCUUGUCGCCCGGGCAACCCGGGAGGCCAAGCCCCGACCCAGGUGGCGGCGGCGAAAGCGGCGGCGAUGGUGUCCAACCCUGUGCACGGCCUGCCCUUUCUCCCGGGCACGUCCUUUAAGGACUUCACGAAAACAGCAUUUCAUAGAAGCCAGACUCUGGGCUACAGGAAUGGCUAUGCAGUUGUUCGACGUCCAACAGUUGGUAUAGGCGGGGAGCGGCUCCAGGUCAACCAGCUGUCCCAGGCUGAGCUGGAUGAGUUGGCCAACAAGGCACCGAUUUUAACUUAUGGCCAACCUAAGCAGGCCCCACCUGCAGAAUUUAUUCCUGCACAUGUGGCUUUUGACAAAAAGGUGCUGAAAUUUGAUGCCUAUUUCCAAGAAGAUGUUCCUAUGUCAACUGAGGAACAUUAUCGGAUUCGCCAAGUGAACAUUUACUACUACCUGGAAGAUGACAGCAUGUCUGUCGUGGAGCCUGUUGUGGAAAACUCUGGGAUCCUUCAAGGCAAGUUAAUCAAACGCCAGCGGCUACCCAAGAACAACCAGGGAGACCAUUACCAUUGGAAAGACCUGAAUCGAGGAAUAAACAUAACAAUUUAUGGCAAAACUUUCCGCAUUGUUGACUGCGACCGAUUCACGCAGGUAUUUUUGGAAAGUCAAGGAAUUGAAUUAAAUCCAGCAGAGAAGAUGGCUCUUGAUCCUUACACUGAACUCCGGAAACAGCCUCUUCGUAAGUAUGUCACCCCCUCGGACUUUGACCAACUGAAGCAGUUUCUCACCUUUGACAAACAAGUUCUUCGAUUCUAUGCAGUCUGGGAUGAUACAGACAGCAUGUUUGGUGAAUGUCGGACCUACAUCAUUCAUUACUAUCUUAUGGAUGAUACAGUGGAAAUUCGAGAAGUCCAUGAACGGAACGAUGGGCGAGAUCCUUUCCCACUCCUGAUGAACCGCCAGCGCAUGCCAAAGGUUUUGGUGGAGAAUGCAAAGAACUUCCCUCAGUGUGUGCUGGAGAUCUCUGAUCAAGAGGUGUUGGAAUGGUAUACCGCCAAAGACUUCAUUGUGGGGAAACCACUCACUAUCCUCGGGAGAACCUUCUUCAUCUAUGAUUGUGAUCCUUUCACUCGACAAUAUUACAAAGAAAAGUUUGGAAUCUCUGAUUUACCACGUAUUGAUGUGAGCAAGAAGGAGCCACCUCCUGUGAAACCGGAAUUACCUCCCUAUAACGGUUAUGGACUUGUUGAAGACUCCGCUCAGAAUUGCUUUGUUCUCAUUCCAAAGGCUCCGAAAAAAGAUGUUAUUAAAAUGCUGAUGAACGAUAACAAGGUGCUUCGUUAUUUGGCUGCACUGGAAUCUCCUAUCCCGGAAGACAAAGACCGCCGAUUUGUCUUCUCUUAUUUUCUUGCCAGUGACAUGAUCAGUAUCUUUGAGCCACCUGUCCGCAAUUCUGGCAUCAUUGGGGGCAAGUACCUUGGCAGAACUAAAGUUGCUAAACCGUCCUCAACAGCGGAAAACCCCAUCUACUAUGGCCCGACUGACUUCUUCAUUGGUGCUGUGAUUGAGGUGUUUGGCCACCGGUUUGUCAUCCUUGACACAGACGACUAUGUUUUGAAGUACAUGGAGAGCAAUGCUGCCCAGUAUUCACCAGAAGCACUCUUGUCCAUUCAGAACCGUGUUCAAAAGCAAGAAGGUCCUGCACCAGAAUUGGAAAAUCAACAAAAAAGGCAACCCACAGAAUGGGAGAAGAUAUUUGCAAAUGACACUACAGAUAAAGGGCUGGUACCAGGACCUAUAAAGAACUUCUCAAACUCAACACCCAAAAAACAAAUAAUCAAGUCAAAAAAUGGGCAGAAGACAUGAACAGACAUUUCUCCAAAGAAGACAUACAAAUGGCUAAUAGACACAUGAAAAACUGUUCAUCAUCAUUAGCCAUCAGGGAAAUUCAAAUCAAAACCACACUGAGAUACCACCUUACACCAGUUAGAAUGGCAAAAAUUGACAAGGCAAGAAGCAACAAAUGUUGGAGAAAGGGGAACCCUCUUACACUGUUGGUAGGAAUGCAAGUUGGUACAGCCACUUUGGAAAACAGUGUGGAGGUGCCUCAGAAAAUUAAAAAAUAGAGCUACCCUAUGACCCAGCAAUUGCACUCCUGGGUAUUUACCCCAAAGACACAGAUGUAGUGAAAAGAAGGGCCAUAUGCACCCCAAUGUUCAUAGCAGCAAUGUCCGCAGGGAGAGCGGACUGUGGAAAGAGCCGAGAUGCCCUUCGACAGAUGAAUGGAUAAAGAAGAUGUGGUCCAUAUAUACAAUGGAAUAUUACUCAGCCACCAGAAAGGAUGAAUACCCAACUUUUACAUCAACAUGGAUGGGACUGGAGGAGAUUAUGCUAAGUGAAAUAAGUCAAGCAGAGAAAAUCAAUUAUCAUAUGGUUUCACUUAUUUGUGGAACGUAAGGAAUAACAUGGAGGACAUUAGGAGAAGGAAGAGAAAAAUGAAGGGGGGACAAUCAGAGCGAGAGAUGAACCAUGAGAGACUAUGGACUCUGAGAAACAAACA